GAGCGAAAGCCCAACCCCUCCCUUUCCUGCAAGACGUCGGGCGUGUGGGGGUCCCGUUGGUUCGGCUCUGCAGAGGCUGCCUGGAGGCGCCUGCUGGGAUCCGGUGAGUCUCCUCUCUCCCAACAUAGGGCCCAUGGGGAGAGCGGGGGUCCCAGCGCUGCAUGGCGAGAGGGGGGCAAGUCAGGGCGCGGAGGGUCGCAGGAGGGCGGCAGCUCUGCUCUUCCUUUGCAUGGAUGCGCUGCUGGCCCCUUGGGGAGGGGUCUGGGGUCCAGGAGUGGGGAAAUGCAUGCAAAUAAACCCCAUUCGGAUGUGUGGAUCAGUCCCCUUGUAUAACAGAGGUUGUCCGCGGAUGGAAACAUCCGGACAUGAAAUAUACCCUGGUCCCUAAAACAUCACCUGUGCAAGGAGAAGGAAGGAAGGAAGGCAGAGAAGAGAAAGCGCUUCCUCUUGCAGGGCAGAGUAAACCUGUGGAACUGCCUCCCACAAGAGCCAGGGAGGCCACCAAUCAAGGUGGCGUUAAAAGAGGAGGAGGCCAAUCCGUGGAGGAGGAGGAGGAGAGGGCGAUGGGGGAAUGCUCUGCCCUGUCUCCCGCAUAGGAGGGAGCCCUCUGGCCUGAUUCUGCAGGGCUCAUUUUCUCCUCCAGUGCUUAGUGUUGGGAUGCAGCCAAGGAAUUGGGGGCAAAUGGUAGGCCCCCAGCUGUGCUGGGCGAUCUCCAGUCCUUGGAUCAGCAUGAAACUGCGACCCGAGCUUCAGCAGCCUUCAGAAGCUGGGCAUGCACACUCAACAGAGUAAACGCACAACAGAAGUGGCUGGAGAGGCAUGUGUGAGCAGAUUUACAAGCAGUUUAUUCAGCACACAUCAGGACAAAGGAAUCAUGUCUGCUCUCCUUCAUGUCCAAAGCUAGACAGCAUAAGCAAAAUCUAUACAGUGGUACCUCGGGUUAAGUACUUAAUUUGAUCUGGGGGUCCGCACUUAACCUGAAACUGUUCUUGACCUGAGGCACCACUUUAGCUAAUGAGGCCUCCUGCUGCUGCCACGCCGCAAGAGCACGAUUUCUGUUCUCAUCCUGAAGCAAAGUUCUUAACCCGAGGUAAUAUUUCUGGGUUAGCGGUGCCUGUAACCUGAAGCGUCUGUAACCGGAGGUACCACUGUACACAAACAGAAGUUCCCAGCAAGCUGUGCUGGAGUGUAAACAGGCAUGUGACACACAACAGUCAUGCCUGUCCCUUAAGGUGGAACGGAAAUAUUCUAACACUUAGUUCCUCCAGAUGCAAGCGUGGCCUCUGAGAUUGCUGGGGGUUGGACUAGAUGAUCCUUGGGGUGCCACCCACCUCUAUAGUUCCAUGAAAGCACCACUGGAGGUCUCACAAGCCAAGGGAUUCAGAGCAGGAGAGGUCCUGCUGGAAAGGAAACAACCAGUGCAAUGGUUUUCAAAACAGGAAUCCAAUGUGUUUGUUGUGGGGGGACUCAGUGGGGAGGGGUAGACCCCUGGAUGCCGCCUUGAUCUCCUUGGACAAAGAGGUGGGAGAGAAAUGCCAUUCAUAAAGAGAGGCAGCCCAGCCAAUCAUCUGGCUGCUGCAUUUUGGACCAGUUCCCGAGUCGCCUUCAAGGGCAGUUCCACACAGAGAGCGUUGCAACCAUCCCAUCUGUUGCAGAGCAGGGAAGACCAGCGCCAUGUCCUCUCUGUCCCAAAAGGUCUGUGGGGUGGGGAACUAGCCUGAGCUGGACAUGGGCCUCAAGCAACCAUGAUGGACCCAGGAGUGUCCUCAAGUAUUCAUGACUGGGGAGGGGGCAUGUUAAGCAAUGUAACAUCAUCAUCAUUAUUGUUAGUUCCCUGCCUGUCAUCCAACUCUCCAAGAGCAGAUUACAAAAUUUAAAAAACAGCAAGAAAAACAGUUGAAAACACAUUACGCGCAUAGAAAGGCGAGUCUCGCUUUAUCUGCUUUUGAGUGCUGUCCUUUGACCCCACCCACAUGUCAUUUGGCCCUCAGGAGUUAUCCAGAUAAGGGAAUAAAUGUUCUCUGAAAUGGGUUUGGGCAGGAGAGCAACUCUUGAGGAACCCUGGGUUAGGAACCCCCCCCCAACCCCAAUGCUCAGAUAACACUCAGUACAAAUGAGUCACUUGUCAAUCACAGUUCUGACUUCAUUCCAUGAUUGAAAACUCUGAAAGACAGGAGCAACCAGGCUGAUUCAUCUCUCAGAAAGACCAGCAGUUCCCUGCACAUUUUGCAUGGUCACUUUCCCUCUAAGAGGGCUGGAGACUUACUGUAUUUUUCUCUCCAUAAGAUGCACUUUUUCCCUCCUAAAAGGGGGAAAUGUGUGUGCGUCUUAUGGAGCGAAUGCAGGCGGGAAACGCCCCCAAGAGUCGCACACAUGCUCCGCGCGGCUCUUGCGGACUCUUCCCCGAGGAGGGAGUGACACGGUCAGUCAGUUCCUUCUCCCUCCUCGUAGAAAAGCCUGCAGGAGCCGUGCACCCUUUAAAGAGGGUGCGGCUCUUGCUGGCUUUUGUGGGAGGUGGGGGAAGGGACAGAGGGCAGCCCCUCAGUCCCUUCCCCCACCUCCCGGAAAAGCCCCCAAGAGCCACACUCCCUUUCACUAGCCGCAUUUCACCAGGCCAUUUUAUUAGCAAAAGAAUCCUUUACACAGUGCUCGUAAGAACCAAUCAGAUUUCCUCUGAGCAUUUAAACAAAGCCCAAGUGGGGACAAAGUUAAACUAUAAACACUAGUUAGGCAUGCAUACUUUGGAGUAAAUGAAUGAAAACUACAAAGGAGCACAUUCAGCAACCCCGGAGGUCAUAAGCAAUCAGUACACGUGAUAAGAAGGAUGGCCAGGAGGACAGUGAUCAUUAUCACCUUAAUGUGAAACCUGUUUCCUGGCCCCAAGAUUAACAUCCUAAGAUUAACAUGUCAGAAAAGCUACAUCGACAAAACUGCCCAUUGUCUUUGAGGACCCAGGACGCCUGCCUGUCUAAGUGUGUACGUGACUUGUGAAGAGAGAGAAAUGGGCAGUAGAGGAAAAAGGGCAUGGAUGUAGAAUCUUACGGGAUUUAAUCAGAAAUUAUCAUCAAUAUAUCAAUCCCAGUCAACACAAUGCAUUCAUCGUGGACACAAUGGCUUGAUGUAUAUUUUAUAAUUCCACAUGGUAAUCUCAUCUGAUCCCUACAAGCGCUCCCUUUAAAAUAUAUUUUUUUUCCUUGCAUUCCCCUUCUAAAAACUAGGUGUGCCUUAUAGUCAGGUGCAUCUUAUGGAGCGAAAAAUACGUUUUGCUUCUCGUUUCUAAAGAAACCUCAAGAGUCUGAGUUGUGGUGCAGUCCAGAGCUGGCUCUUCCAAGACUCAUACGUACUUCCUCACGGAACAUUUUUCUCUUCCAGGCAAUAGGUCAGUUUUGUAACAGAACGAUGUAUUUGCUUUGUAGAAUUUGCAAGGAUCUCUAAUUCAGACAGACAGAACUUGGCAGAAGAUCAAGGGAUUCCUUCAUCUCUCUUGGAGUCUUCCUGAGAGCAGAGAUGGAUGAGAAAAACUCAGCUGGGCCUGAAGCAGGAAGAGACCAUGCCAUCAGAACUGGGAGCCGUGGUAGUUUCUGGGGAAAAACUGUGCAGAAGAUCCUGGGUGAGGAGGACACUCUCCGCUCAGAGGUGCAGAGCCAGCAGUUCAGACAGUUCUGCUUCCAGGAGGCCAAGGGACCUCGAGAGGUUUGCAGCCGACUCUACAACCUUUACCAUCAAUGGCUGAAGCCAGAAAGGCACACGAAAGCUGAGAUGCUGGACCUGGUGAUCUUGGAGCAGUUCCUGGCUGUCCUUCCACCGGAGAUGGAAAGUUGGGUGAGGGAAUGUGGAGCGGAGACCAGUUCCCAGGCAGUGGCCCUGGCCGAAGGUUUCCUCCUGAGUCAGGCAGAGGAGAGGAAGCAGGCAGAGCAGCAGGUGAGAGAGACUUUCCUCUGGAUACUCCCAAGGGGCUCCGAACGUGUGUGAGGGUAUCUGAAAAUUCUCCAUCCUUUUUUUGGAAAGCAGCCAUUGAAUGCUAUCAGAUUGCCCUUCAGUUUUUGCCUCUGUCAUUCCUUUUCUAACUCUUCUUUAUAUUCUCUGUUUUGAAACUUUGUUGCUAUUUCAGAGACAGGAUCUGUUUGCAGAAAUGGGCCCAGAUUCCUCUGAGACCAAAAGGAUUCUGUUGGACACGAGAGUAAGGCUGCUGGGUAAGGAAGGAGUCCGUUCUCCCUUUGGUCCCUUUCUGUGGAUAUCAAAACGAAUCCAUGGGUUCUUGUCAUCUUUUUUGGGGGGAAAACACUUGGGGCCAAGAGCACCAAGGAAGGGAGAUGUAUUUUUUAACCCAACUAAAUUAUGAAAUGGGUCCAAAUGUCCAGAUGCACUCAGAAGGUGAGACUUUUUGGAGAGCAGCUGCACUCCAGGCUUCCCACUUACCUCUGUCUCUUGCAGGUGACCAGGUGAUGCCAGCAAGACCUCCUCAUCCAUCUAUUCCUGGUGGUGAAGGAGAAGCAACAGCUGUGGAAGCAGCUCAGGUAGAGGGAGGGAGCCCUGUGGGGAAGGGGGCUGGGGGGGGCAGCCAGGGUGCCUCUGGCCCCCAAGGAAUCUCUCUCCUCCUCUUGGCUUCUGUCCAAGCUUCUCUUAAGGCAUCUUUGUCAAGGGCAGCCUAGACAGAAGCCAAGAGGCUGCGAAUGCCGUUCGAGAAACUUAAUGUCCUGAGAAUAAGGAACAGCCACCUUGCCUUAACUCACCUUCUGAAGGUCAAUAAGAUCAUUCAUAAGUCAUUGUCGUUUUAUUUGUAGAGUUAUCAUUGAAUGCUAAAAUAGACUUCUAAGCAGUUCAAAAAGCCUAAAAAACAGUUCCCAGGAUUCACCUAUCUUGUCGCAUCAGUUGCACAAUGGGGCUUUCCCCACCUUCUCCUCCCCCCCUUUCCCCCCAGUGCACUUCUGGAAGUUGUCUUUAGGGCAUCAGAAAGGUCUCUCCACCCCCCCCCGAAGAACAGCACAUGGGGAGCAGAGAGGGGAUCCUUCCAUCUGGCACAGACAGAAGGAUUUUAAGAACACAAUGAAGAGUUCCUUCCAUUUACACAAAGAUUAAUGUCCGUCACUAAAUCACACAAGAAAACAAUUCGACUAAGACAUUAAAAGCAGCACCCACAAUUAAAACGUGCAGCAGGACGAUCCCAUUGAAACAAAACACCAUUUAAUGAGCAGAAAGAAACAGCAAUGUGUAGCAGAUAAUCUUUAUGCUCUCUAAAGAGGACCUUUUCAUUUCUCUCUUAGGGUCCAGUGUGCUUUGAAGAUGUCGCUGUUCAUUUCACAGACGAGGAAUGGGCGUUGCUGGAUCCAGACCAGAGAGCUCUGCAUAAGGAAGUCAUGGAGGAGAAUCAUGGGAUCAUGGCCUCUCUCAGUAAGGCUCCCUUUUGGAUCCUAAUCUCUCUUUGGAAAUUCCAUGCAUCUCUCUCUGUGAUAAGCCUCCCUGGUUUUGAGGAAGCACUACAGGGCCAUUUGCAGCACCUGGGAUUCUAAUACCCCCUAAACUCACCUUAAAUGGAGGUCUAUCGACUGUUUUGACUGUGGACAUGAUCAAGCCAGCAUAGACCUUGCUGAGAAUGGAAUGGGAACAUGCUGGGAAUUUGAGGUUAGGAAAGCACAUCUUUGUUUGACACUGUCCUGCCUUGUAUUCCCCAAAAUCUUCCUGACACAGAGCUUGUGGAAGGCAUUGAGGGGUUGUUUCUGAUGGUUGUAAUUGUCCAUGACUCACUUCACAAAGCAGCUUGCUCAACACACAAUCCUGAUAGACCUUCAUCUUGGUAUUGGUUAGCAUCCCAUUCACCCAUACAGUGGUCCCUCAGGUUACAGACGCUUCAGGUUACAGAUUCCGCUAACCCAGAAAUAGUACCUCGGGUUAAGAACUUUGCUUCAGGAUGAGAACAGAAAUUGUGCGGCAGCGGCAUGGCGGCAGCGGUAGGCCCCAUUAGCUAAAGUGGUACCUCAGGGUAAGAACAGUUUCAGGUUAAGAACGGACCUCCGGAACGAAUUAAGUUCUUAACCAGAGGUACCACUGUACUCUUUUGGAGAGGUGAGCCAUUGCCAUAAGUGCCUCACCAGUACACAUGUCUAGGUCAGCAUCAAUGAAGAGGCUGUUGGUUUCUUAGGUAGACACAAUCAUCCACCACCUCCAGUGUCUGAAACUCGCAUGGUGCUAGGCGCAUUUUGCAACAGGGAAUGUCAUAGACACGAGCAGUUUCUGAGCUCUGCUCACAGAAUCUAAUAUUUUGGAUUAAAACUGCAGAGUGGAAGGAAAGAAGGACCUUUUUCUGCCUCCCCACUUCCAGCUACUCUCUAAAGACUGAAGGAGAGACCUUCUUAAAAACCCAGAGGGGUGGGCAGGGGAAGGACUAUACCAUGUGAAAAAUGAACAUAUUAUUUCAGCUGCUGUUCAUUCCUUUUCAGCUUUGUAUUUUUGUCAUAAGAGAGUGCAUAUGGACAUUCCAUUUUUGAGCCCAUAACCUAGGUUUAAGGUCCUCUUUAUGUCUUAGCUGUCCUAUCUCUGUUUCUAACACUGACCACCUCUAGUGUGUGGUCAGCAAUGUUGAUGCAUGGAAUUCUUCCUCUAUCACAAGGGUUAAUGAUCAAUAUUCAAUACAGUGGCCCUCCAUUUCUUCAUUGCAGGUGGUGAUGAUUUGGAAAUUGAGAGAGAGGACGCCCAUGACAGAAUUCACACAGUGGAGAAGCCAUUGCCACUCUUGGAGUGUGGAGAGAGCUUCAGCCACAGUUCCCAUUUGACUACCCACCAAAGAAAUGCUAUUGAGAAGAAACCCUCUCAGUUCUCUGAAUGGGGAAAAACUCUCUGUUGGAAUGAAAGCCUCACUUCACAGGAAAUAAUUCACACAGGGGAGGACCCACUGAAAUACUUGGAAUGUGGAAAGAGCUUCAGUACGAGUGCACAUUUCAUUUCACAUCAAAUAACUCACAGCAGGGAGAAACCCUAUCAGGGCUUGGAUUGUAGGGAAAGCUUUAAUACAAGCACAACCUUCCAUAAACACCAGAGAAUUCACAGGGGGGAGAAGCCAUUUCAAUGCCGAGAGUGUGGAAAGAGCUUCAGUCAGAGCACCCAUCUCACAGCCCAUCAAAUAAUUCAUACAGGUGAGAAACCCUAUCAGUGCUCGGAAUGUGGGCGGAGCUUCAAUCACAGGGCAAAUCUCACGGCCCAUCAAAGGAUUCACAGUGGUGAGAAACCCUAUCAGUGCUCAGAAUGUGGGAAGAGUUUCACUGUGAGCUCCGGUCUCACUUCCCACCAAAGAAUUCAUACUGGGGAGAAACCCUAUCAAUGCAUGAGCUGUGGAAACAGCUUCAGUCAGAAGGCAAGUCUCAUUUCCCAUCAAAGAAUUCACAGUGGUGAGAAACCCUAUCAGUGCUUGGAAUGUGGGAAGAGCUUCAGUCGGAAGCAAAAUCUCACUUCCCAUCAAAGAAUUCACAGUGGUGAGAAACCCUAUCAGUGCUCGGAAUGUGGAAAGAGUUACUGCCAUAGAGCCAAUCUCACUUCCCACCAAAGAAUUCACAGUGCUUGGAACGUGGAAAGAGCUUCUGUAAAAGGGCCCAUCUCGCUACCCAUCAAAGCAUUCAUACCGGGGAGAAAUCCUAUCAAUGAUUGGAUUGUGGAAAGAGUUUCCUCCAGAGAGCCGAUCUCACUUCCCACCAAAGAAUUCACACAGGGGGAAAACCAUAUCAGUGCUUGGAAUGUGGAAAGACCUUUAGUCACUGUGCCAAUCUCGUGGCACACCCAAGAAUUCACAGUGGUGAGAAACCAUAACAGUGCUCCCAAUGUGGGGAGGGCUUCACUGUGAGCUCCGGUCUCCCUUCCCAUCAAAGAAUUCACAGUGGUGAGAAACCAUAACAGUGCUCCCAAUGUGGGAAGAGCUUCACUGUGAGCUCCGGUCUCCCUUCCCAUCAAAGAAUUCACAGUGGUGAGAAACCAUAUCAGUGCUUGGAAUGUGGAAAGGGUUUCCGCCAGAAAGCCAAUCUCACUUCCCACCAAAGAAUUCACACAGGGGAGAAACCCUAUCAGUGCUUGGAAUGUGGAAAGAGCUUCAGUCAGAAGCAAAGUCUCUCUUCCCAUCAAAGAAUUCACAGUGGUAAGAAACCAUAUCAGUGCUUGGAAUGUGAAAAGAGCUUUGGUAAGAGGACCAAGCUCAUGGCCCAUCAAAGAAUUCAUACAGGGGAGAAUCAUAGAAUUUUAGACCUGCAGGAGACCCCUGGGUCGUCUAGUCCACUGCAGGACAACUAAAGCUUCCAUGACAUAUUGCCUUCAAACUUCUCCUUACAAACCUCCAAGGAAGGAGAGUCCACAACCUUCCAAGGGCAUCUCUAAUUUGAAGCCAUUGGUUUGGGUCGCAGCCUCCAGAGCCGGUGAAAACAAGCUUGUUCAAUCUUCCACGUGAUAGUCCUUCCUGUUCCUCAGAAGGCUUGGUUUCCCAACACUUAAUUGUCUUGGUCAUCCCCCUCUGCACACCUUCCAGCUUGUCAAAAUCCUUCUUAAAUUGGGGCACCCAGAACUGGACACAGGACUCCAGGUGUGGUCUGAACAAGGCAGAAGAAAUUGGGGCUGUUGCUUCUCUUGAUCUGGACACUUGACUUCUUUGGACGCAACCUAGAAUAACAGCCUUUUUUGCUGCUGCAUCAUACUGUUGACUCAUGUUAGUCUAAGACCCCAGGUCUUUUCCACAUGUACUACUGGCAAGCCUGGUAUCCCCCAUCUUAUAUUUGUGCAGCUAAUUCUUCUUGCCUAAGUACAGAAUCUUACCUUUCUUCUUAGUGAAAUUUAUUGGAUGCCUUUAUAUACCACCUGUUUCUUCAAGAAGCUCAGUGAGGUGUUAAGUCGUUCUCCCCCUCAUUGUUUAAUCCUGACAACAACCCUGUGAGGUAGGUUAGGCUGUGAAGCCAUCACCCAGUGAGCUUCAUGACUGAGUGGGGAUUUGAACCCAGAUCUCCCAGGUUCUAGUCCAAAACUCUUAAGCACUGCACCCCACUGACUCUCGAAUGAGACUUUUGGUAAGUGCAUGCAUGCGCAUUUACUUAAAGUUUCAGUGCAAUGUCUUGGUGUUUGUAUUUAAAGUUGUGUACACAUGUAUCAAUGACAUUAAUAUAUUAAUGGUAAUUACAGUAUAAGAGCAAAUUUUAGGUAUUGCUAGACGGCGAUAGGGUUAGUUUGGAAUGCUGGGAUUGAAAAAUUGAACAAUUUCCACAUGAAUCACAAGAAGAUCUAAAAUAUAAAUACAAAACGGCAACAGCAACAACCCCCGAAAAAGCCCCAUGUCAUGUAUUGAUGAAGUUGUUAGAAAAUUUAUUAUGGGAAAGGGGGUAAAAGUUUUAAAAGUUCAUGCAACCAUAUUCUCGGUGUUCCUACUCUUUGUGUGGAUGAACCUUGUUGCUACAAAUAAAUAUCAGGUCUACUGACCGCUGUUUUGCUCCUUUAA